AUGUCGGCCCAUUCUCCUGUGCUUGUAAUACCGUGCAGGCGUGGCGGGAUUCCUUUCCUAACGCCCGACCAGAUACGGGCUAUUCUCAACGAGGAGGAGCGAGUGAUGAGUGUGUCCAUCUUCGACGCGAGUGAGUAUGUGCUUCCCUGCAAGAAGGCACAGCAAGGCUUCGCAGAAUUCUGCGCCUUGGCAGACUUCACAACCAUCCUGACCGUGCAAAGCCCGUUCAUUGGUAUGCACACCAGCGCUCCUGCAACAGACACGGCUGUGUGUGGUUAUCACGAGAAGGGACGUGUCUCUUUCACAGUCGAGAAGUGGAGUGAGAUAGUGCUGGCGAUUCGCCCAGCGAUAGCUAUUCCUCUCUAUGACGCGAUUUCACUGUACGAAACUCAAACAAAGCGAAGACGGACAGCAACGGCUCGUUCCGCCCGAUGGUCGAAGGCCUCUUAUUCUAUUCAAGACCAAAGCGGCUGCAAGUUAAUGAAACCGUUGUGCACUGUGGAUCAAGGUGACAAUGAAGACGCUGAAUACGUUUUCAUGGAUGAGCUUGGCCAAAAUGAGACACUCCAGCAGUAUUCUUCUUGUGUGAAAGAGGCUGCUGCCAAACGCACUGUCAUGAGCACAGCUGCAUCUGUCGCGGGUGUAUUGAUGUGUUUAAAGGCCGGUGUCACUUUUAUCGAGUGCGCACUCCCGUGGAUGCUCGCGGAAAAGGGGAUAUGCCUGACUUUCGACAUGGUCCCAGCGUCAGCGGAAACCCCAUCGCACCAUGAGUCACAGAUAGAUCUUAACGACUAUGAUUUUGCGGUGGACAUUCAACCGUUGGCGAAAGAAUGCAGCUGCUACACCUGUACAAGACACACUCGUGCGUAUAUUCAUCACCUUCUUACCGUGCAAGAGAUGAACAGCAAGAUACUCCUCGCCAUACACAACCUAACGCGGUUAGUGCAACUGGUGCGGUUGUACCGAAGGUCGGGCCCGGAGGCUCGUGAGACGCUGCUUAAAUGGCUUUUUGCACAGCUGUGA